UUUGUGUGUAGCGUGUGUCUGUAGAUAGGCGACGCAACGAGGAUUUGGAUGGACUCAUUGGGUCUACUCCAGGGAAGUAGUUACGGGAGAUCUUCUCUGGCGAAGAACCAAGCGGAGGGCGACUGUGUGGAGAGUGGAGGAGACGAGAAACAAACGCUGGUGGUAGUAGGGGGUGGCGCUGCGGGUGUCUAUGGAGCCAUUUGGGCUAAAACAGCUUGCAAGCAUCUCAAAGUCGUUGUCUUGGAAAGGGGACACUUUUUAUCCAAGGUGAAAAUCUCUGGGGGUGGACGCUGUAAUGUUACUACGGGCUUGUUUGUGGAACCGCUGGUAAAGUAUAGUGGCCGAGGAGUUUUACUCUUUAAGUUCUGGUUCCAGCCGUUGUCGCAGCAAUAUCCAAGGGGCCACAAGGAACUUCGUGGAUCAUAUUUUAGAGAACACGGACCUCUUGAAACUGCUGCCUGGUUUCAUGAGCAUGGAGUUCCGCUCAAGACCGAAGAAGAUGGAAGAAUGUUCCCAGUAACCGACGACUCCGGAACUGUUGUGGAAUGUCUUCUCAACAAGGCUCGACGAAUUGGAGGUUCGUUUGGUCUUUUUACCGGAAAUGUUGAAAUUCUUGCAGUUUCCUUAAAGAGCAAUGCGCUUGUGAAAGACAUUGUGCCGCUGAAUGGACGGUUUGAUGUUCACUUCAAGAAUAAGAACGAGCCAUUCUCAGAAAAGUUACAAGCGGACUUUGCUCUACUUGCAACUGGCAGCUCGCCACAGGGGUACAAGUUAGCAAAAGAGCUGGGACAUGAUCUUGUUUCUCCCGCUCCAAGUCUAUUCACUUUUAAGGUUGCAGAUUCUAAGCUCGGAGAACUUGCCGGAGUGAGCUUUGAACAUGUUUCUGUCGACCUGGAAAUUCUGGGCUGGAAUAAACGAAGUGUCAACUUGCGGCAGGACGGGCCACUUCUCGUCACGCACUGGGGAUUGAGCGGUCCUGCUGUGCUGCGUCUCUCUGCAUGGGCAGCCAGGGACCUCCUCAAGGUAGACUACAAAGGAACUUUGUGGGUGGACUUCGCACCGAAGUUUUCCCUGGACGAAGUGAAGAAGCUGCUGGUAAAGCAGAAAACACUUUCUCCGAGAAGAAAGCUAGAUAGCGGCGCCCCUUUGGUAUUACAACUAGUGAAGCGAUUUUGGCAGUACCUGAUCCAUCGACAGGAUCUAAACGAGGAGGCUGUGUGGUACGAGCUUUCAAAUCGACAGCUGGGUGACUUAGCAGGCCUCCUUAAGCGGUGUUCCUUCCAAAUCUCUGGCAAAGGGGAGUUUAAGGACGAAUUUGUAACUGCUGGAGGGGUUCCACUCGAUGAGGUGAAUCUCAAAACUAUGGAGAGCAAGAAAUGCUCUAACCUCUACUUGGCUGGCGAGCUUCUCAACGUCGAUGGCAUCACUGGCGGCUUUAAUUUCCAGAACGCAUGGACGAGUGGCUACCUAUCGGGAUCAGCCAUUGCGAAGAAAGCCACGUCGCGAUCGUUGUAGCGAAGCUUGAAGCUUCGAGCCAGAGCCUCGCGAAUAUCCGUCAUUAAACUGUGAUUAGGGUU